AUGGCCACCACUAACGAACCCCCUCUCGACGAGAUCCAAUGGCGCCACCCAGGGCUUGCACAGUCCAUGCAGGGUAUUCACUCCAAUUCCGUCCUGUUCUAUUUCGCCGAGUCGCCCUUCUUCGACCGUACCUCGAACAACGCCGUGCUCACCAGCCAGGCCAUGUUCAAUCCUACCAUGUUUCACCUGAUCCAGACACGCGAACUCUUCGAGGGCCGCCUGAGGGAGAUGUCAGGUUUGGAGUUCAUAGUCGCUCAGGAGCCUGCCGAGAUGGCUCCCGGCACGGGCACCGGCGUCUGGGUCAUCCGCAAACAGACGCGUCGCAAGCGGGAGCCGGAAGACGACAUUUCCGUCCAUGCCACCUACUACGUGAAUGGCGAGAAUAUAUACAUGGCCCCUACGCUUGCCGAUAUCCUAAGUUAUAGAAUGGUUACUAUCACGUCGUCCCUAAACAAGUGCUUCCCAGCUGCAGACAAAGCGCGGAUAUGGUCACCAUCACUCGGGCACGUGUACAAGUCCACGCUGAAUACUACGGCCUCGAGGGCACAGGCGUUAGAGUCGAAAGGAACGACGCCGAUGCCUGAGGGGCAAGGGGGGAACAAUAGUAAGGUCACGCCGGAAUCUAAGAAGACGAAUCAGCCAGUUCUAGAUUCCCGCCUAGCGGAGCAAUCUUUGAUAAUUCACAUGCAAUACGGAGGCGAAUACAUGGACGAAAACCCCAUCACGGGCAAGCCUGGCGAAUUCCACCUAAGCUCUACAGGCCGGAAAGAUAAGCUGCAGACGCUAGGUUUAGCCUCUCUCAACACCUCUCUCAAAGGGCCCACAGGCCCUGGGCUUGACAAGAAAGACGCAAAGGGUGAUAAGACGCCGAAGACCCCCACCGGAAUGCCAUCAAAGCCGAGGCGUAGGAAAAGCAGAGCUGGCACCACGCCAACUUCAUCGUAG